UAUAGAAGCACAAACAUUCAAAUAUUCAUCACUUUCAGAUUUUUCGUGUCAAUAUCCCUUUUUGGUUACUUGCAUUAAUCCUCUAAGAUGGGUAUUCAAUUGAUUGGACUAUCUAACGCCAAGCAAAAGCUUCAAAGAAGCUUAUCAGCAAAAAUCACGAGCUUUUUGGCCAUAUCAGGUGCUAAUAAUGUCCCAAAGGGUCAUGUCGCCGUCUACGUGGGUGAGACUUAUCGAAGAAAGAAGAGAUUUGUGAUACCUAUAUCAUGUUUAAACCAUCCAUUGUUCCCAGAUUUGUUGAGCCUUGCGGAAGAAGAGUUUGGGUUCGAUCAUCCCAUGGGAUGUCUAACCAUCCCUUGUACUGAAGAUUACUUCACUGCUCUAGCUUCUAUUUUAAAUGGUUCGUGAUAAGAGAGUCACAAUAUUCAUUAAGUUUCUUUAUACAUAUAUAUUUGUGUAUUUUCUUUAAAUCUAUUUAAGGAAGUGGAAAGAAAAUAACUCGAG